AAAAUGGGGGCGACGACGAAGAAUAUCGACAUGGAGGAAGGAACUCUCGAGAUCGGCAUGGAGUACAGAACUGUUUCUGGUGUUGCUGGCCCCCUGGUCAUCCUUGACAAAGUGAAGGGCCCGAAGUACCAGGAGAUCGUUAAUAUUCGUUUAGGAGAUGGAACAACAAGACGUGGUCAGGUCUUGGAAGUUGAUGGGGAAAAAGCAGUUGUGCAGGUCUUUGAAGGAACAUCUGGUAUCGAUAACAAGUUUACCACAGUGCAAUUCACAGGAGAGGUUUUGAAAACUCCCGUAUCAUUGGAUAUGCUUGGGCGCAUAUUUAAUGGAUCUGGAAAGCCAAUUGAUAAUGGCCCUCCUAUUCUGCCAGAGGCAUACCUUGAUAUAUCUGGGAGUUCUAUCAACCCCAGUGAGAGAACCUAUCCUGAAGAAAUGAUACAGACGGGCAUUUCUACCAUUGAUGUCAUGAAUUCCAUUGCACGUGGACAGAAGAUUCCACUUUUCUCUGCUGCUGGUCUGCCACAUAAUGAAAUAGCUGCUCAGAUUUGUCGUCAGGCUGGUCUUGUCAAGCGGUUGGAAAAGAGCGAUGACCUACUUGGGAAUCAGGAAGAGGACAAUUUUGCGAUUGUAUUUGCAGCUAUGGGGGUUAACAUGGAGACAGCUCAGUUCUUCAAGCGUGAUUUUGAAGAAAAUGGAUCAAUGGAGAGAGUCACCCUUUUCCUAAACCUGGCCAAUGACCCGACCAUCGAGAGAAUUAUCACUCCUCGAAUUGCCCUCACAACAGCAGAAUACUUGGCUUAUGAAUGUGGAAAGCAUGUUCUCGUUAUAUUGACAGAUAUGAGUUCUUAUGCAGAUGCGCUUCGUGAGGUUUCAGCUGCCCGAGAAGAAGUUCCUGGGAGACGUGGAUAUCCAGGUUAUAUGUAUACUGAUCUUGCAACCAUUUAUGAGCGUGCUGGGCGUAUUGAAGGAAGAAAGGGUUCCAUCACUCAAAUUCCUAUCCUGACUAUGCCCAAUGACGACAUCACACAUCCUACUCCGGAUCUCACUGGUUAUAUUACCGAGGGUCAGAUAUAUAUUGAUCGUCAACUUUACAACCGACAGAUAUAUCCACCCAUUAACGUGCUCCCAUCCCUUUCACGGCUUAUGAAGAGUGCUAUUGGUGAGGGAAUGACCCGUCGAGACCAUGCUGACGUGUCCAACCAGCUAUAUGCAAACUAUGCCAUCGGGAAGGAUGUACAAGCCAUGAAAGCUGUGGUCGGAGAGGAAGCACUUUCUUCUGAGGAUCUGCUGUACCUAGAGUUUCUAGACAAAUUCGAGAGGAAAUUCGUGACGCAAGGGGCGUACGACACUCGGAACAUAUUCCAGUCACUCGAUCUGGCCUGGACUCUCCUCCGAAUCUUCCCUCGGGAGCUUCUCCACCGUAUCCCCGCAAAGACCCUCGACCAAUUCUACAGCCGCGACUCUUCCUCCAGCUAAGUCCCCUCUCCUUUUUCUUCCUCUCAUCGUAUGGUUUGUCUAAACACCUCAAAUGAGUACUAUUUUUUUUUUCGGAUUAAUUGUGAGUUUGAAUUAAGUUCGUGUAGUUAAAACUCAGACAUAUGGGUGAAUGUGUUGUUUAUUUAUAGCUUUGUGUUGUGCUCUCUGUUGUUGCUGCUCCUUUUAAGACAUCCGAGGAAGCUUUCUUCUCGGGAUUAUGUCUUUUUGUUCCAUAAUGUGCCAUCAGGUCAAAUAAAGAACCCAUCGAGGCGACUUUCUCUC